UUUACGUCCCGGGAGCGCCCCGGGGCCACCCGCGAGCCCCGCAGCCGCCCCGCUCUUUUGUGUGCUGGCGCGAGUGGCGCGGACCUGCCGCUUCGCACCCGGGGUCCCCCGCGGGGGCGCUUCGGGGAAACUUGGCGCGGGGCGGCGAGGGCGCCCGGCGCGCUGUGCCGGUGGGUCGCGGCUCUCGGGACCUCCGGGUGGCGCGGGCGCGGCAGAGGGAGGCGGGCUGCAACUUUCCCUGAGCGCAGGCCCCGCGCGGCGCGCCGGCUCCCGGGCUGGGGGCGCUUCCUCUCUGCCGCCGCUCCGGGCGGCCCUUGCCGCGCGCCCGGGGACUCCCGCGGCCCACAGUGACCCGCCGCCGGCUCCUCUCCGGCCCUCUGCUCGGGGAGCCUGUCCUCCCCGCGGGGUCCGCCGGCGCUAUGGAGCGCACGGCAGAUCCGCCCCGGGGCGGCUUUGCUGGCCAGGUUUUCGAAAGCAGAGCCCCGGGGGCCCCGCUGGACUGUGGCGUGCGGGACCACGGUCCCCGUGCCGACCCCCAGGCUCCGCGAGGGACUGCUGCCGGGGCUCCCCAUCCGGCGCCCGAGCUGCCGCCGUGCUCCGGGGCUGCGUUCCUGCCUGCCACCCCCGACCCGGAGGAGCUGAGCGCCCGAGGGCUGCGCCCCGCACGGGCCAGCUCGGCGCCCGCGACGCCGAGACAGCCCCCGGACUCUGCCAGGUGGAUGUUGUGCGUAGCCGGAGACAAGUUGAAGAGAGAACUCGAUGCCACCGCGACAGUGUUGGCGAACCGUCAGGAUGAAAGCGAACAGUCCAGGAAGCGGCUCAUCGAGCAGAGCCGCGAGUUCAAGAAGAACACUCCCGAGGAUUUGCGCAAGCAGGUAGCGCCGCUGCUGAAGAGCUUCCAGGGGGAGAUUGAUGCACUGAGUAAAAGAAGCAAAGAGGCUGAGGCGGCCUUCUUGAAUGUCUACAAGAGACUGAUCGACGUUCCAGAUCCCGUGCCAGCUCUGGACCUCGGGCAACAGCUGCAGCUCAAAGUGCAACGCCUGCACGACAUUGAAACAGAGAACCAGAAACUUAGGGAGACUCUCGAAGAAUACAACAAGGAAUUCGCCGAAGUGAAAAACCAAGAGGUUACGAUAAAAGCACUUAAAGAGAAAAUCCGAGAAUACGAGCAGACGCUGAAGAGCCAGGCCGAGGCGAUCGCGCUCGAGAAGGAACACAAGCUGCAGAAUGAUUUUGCUGAGAAGGAGAGACAGCUGCAAGAGACUCAGAUGUCAACCACCUCGAAGCUGGAGGAAGCGGAACACAAACUUCAGACUCUGCAAACAGCCCUGGAAAAAACUCGAACAGAAUUAUUUGACCUGAAAACCAAAUACGAUGAAGAAACUACUGCAAAGGCCGACGAGAUCGAAAUGAUCAUGACCGACCUGGAAAGAGCAAACCAGAGGGCAGAGGUGGCUCAGCGAGAGGCGGAGACCUUACGGGAGCAGCUCUCCUCGGCCAACCACUCUCUCCAGCUGGCCUCCCAGAUCCAGAAGGCGCCGGAUGUGGAGCAGGCCAUAGAGGUGCUGACUCGCUCCAGCCUAGAAGUUGAGUUGGCCGCCAAGGAGAGGGAGAUCGCCCAGCUGGUGGAGGACGUGCAGAGACUCCAGGGCAGCCUCACCAAGCUGCGGGAGAACUCGGCCAGCCAGAUCUCCCAGCUGGAGCAGCAGCUGAGUGCCAAGAACAGCACGCUCAAGCAACUGGAAGAAAAACUCAAAGGCCAGGCCGACUAUGAGGAGGUGAAGAAAGAACUGAAUAUCCUGAAGUCCAUGGAGUUUGCGCCGGCUGAGGGAGCUGGGACGCAGGACGCAGCCAAGCCCCUGGAGGUGCUGCUGCUGGAGAAGAGCCGCUCCCUGCAGUCUGAGAACACGGCGCUGCGCGUCUCCAACAGCGACCUGAGCGGGUCAGCCAGGAGAAAAGGGAAAGACCAGCCUGAGAGUCGGCGCCCUGGACCCUUGCCGGCCUCCCCUCCUCCUCAGUUGUCCCGCAACGCGGGGGAGCAGGCUUCCAAUACUAAUGGUACACACCAGUUCUCACCAGCGGGGUUAAGUCAAGACUUUUUCAGCUCAUCCCUGGCAAGCCCCAGCCUGCCCCUGGCUUCUACAGGAAAAUUUGCACUAAACUCUCUCCUCCAGCGGCAGCUCAUGCAGUCCUUCUACUCCAAGGCCAUGCAGGAAGCAGGAAGCACAAGCAUGAUUUUUUCAACAGGUCCAUACAGCACAAACUCCAUAUCUUCCCAAAGUCCAUUACAACAAAGCCCAGACGUAAAUGGCAUGGCCCCAUCCCCCAGCCAGUCAGAAAGUGCUGGGAGCGUCUCCGAGGGCGAGGAGAUAGACACUGCAGAAAUCGCCCGACAGGUCAAAGAGCAGCUGAUCAAGCACAAUAUUGGACAGCGCAUUUUCGGACAUUAUGUCUUGGGACUGUCUCAAGGGUCCGUGAGUGAGAUCCUGGCCCGGCCGAAGCCAUGGAAUAAGCUGACCGUCCGCGGCAAGGAGCCGUUCCACAAGAUGAAGCAGUUCCUCUCAGACGAGCAGAACAUCUUGGCUCUUCGCAGCAUCCAAGGCAGACAAAGAGAGAAUCCAGGCCAGAGCCUGAACAGACUAUUUCAGGAAGUACCGAAACGAAGAAAUGGGUCUGAAGGUAACAUCACCACCCGCAUCCGAGCCUCUGACACUGGUUCCGAUGAAGCAAUCAAGUCCAUCCUGGAACAAGCCAAGAGGGAGCUUCAAGUACAGAAAACUGCAGAGCCAGCCCAGCCGUCUUCCGCAUCCAGCAGCGGGAACUCUGACGAUGCCAUCCGCUCCAUCCUGCAGCAAGCCCGCCGGGAAAUGGAGGCCCAGCAGGCCGCCCUAGACCCUGCCUUAAAACCAGCGCCGCUGUCCCAACCUGACCUCGCCCUCCUGACCCCCAAGCUCCUGUCGGCCGCGCCCAUGCCCACAGUGCCCGGUUAUUCUCCUCUCGCCAUCUCCCUGAAGAAGACGCCCACCGCCCCCGAGGCCAGUGCCCCGGCCCUGCCCAGUGCCCCGGCCCUCAAAAAGGAGGCCCAGGAUGUGCCCGGGCUGGACCCUCAGGGAGCAGCUGACGCUGCACAAGGGGUCCUGAGGCACGUGAAGAGCGAGCUGGGCCGUAGCAGCGGGUGGAAGGACCACUGGUGGAGCCCAGUGCAGCCUGAGAGGAGAAACCCGCCUUCCUCCGAGGAGCCGAAGGCUGAAGAAGCUGGAGGCGGGAGAGAAAGGGUCAGCGGCCAGCCCCGGGCCGAGCGCAGCCAGCUCCCAGGACCUUCGUCAUCAUCAGAGUGCUGGAAAGAGUGGCCAAGUGCCGAGUCCCCGUACUCCCAGAGCUCAGAGCUGAGCGUCGCCGGAGCCAGCCGCAGCGAAACACCCCAGAACAGCCCCCUGCCCUCCUCCCCUAUUGUGCCCAUGGCAAAGCCCGCGAAGCCCUCAGUCCCUCCGCUGACCCCUGAGCAGUACGAGGUCUACAUGUACCAGGAGGUAGACACCAUCGAGCUCACCCGGCAGGUCAAGGAGAAGCUGGCCAAGAAUGGCAUCUGCCAAAGGAUCUUCGGGGAGAAGGUGCUGGGCCUGUCCCAGGGCAGUGUGAGUGACAUGCUGUCCCGGCCGAAGCCCUGGAGCAAGCUGACCCAGAAGGGCCGGGAACCCUUCAUCCGGAUGCAGUUGUGGCUGAACGGCGAGCUGGGCCAGGGUGUGCUGCCCGUGCAGGGCCAGCAGCAAGGGCCAGCCCUCCACUCGGCGACCUCGCUGCAGGACCCGCUCCAGCAGGGCUGCGUGAGCUCAGAAAGCACUCCAAAGACCUCCGCCAGCUGCAGCCCUGCCCCCGAGUCCCCGAUGAGUUCCAGUGAGUCCGUGAAGAGUCUGACGGAGCUGGUCCAGCAGCCCUGUCCCCCCAUCGAGACCAGUAAAGAUGGCAAACCACCAGAACCCACCGACCCGCCGGCUCCAGACUCCCAGCCUACAACCCCUCUGCCUCUCUCUGGUCACUCGGCCCUCAGCAUCCAAGAGCUAGUAGCCAUGUCUCCAGAGCUGGACACCUACGGCAUAACCAAGAGGGUUAAGGAGGUGCUGACGGACAACAACCUUGGUCAGCGCUUGUUUGGGGAGACCAUCCUGGGGCUCACCCAAGGCUCCGUCUCUGACCUCCUUGCCCGCCCUAAACCCUGGCACAAGCUCAGUCUGAAGGGACGGGAGCCCUUUGUCCGGAUGCAGCUGUGGCUAAAUGAUCCCAACAACGUGGAGAAGCUGAUGGACAUGAAGCGGAUGGAGAAGAAAGCCUACAUGAAGCGAAGGCACAGCUCCGUCAGCGACAGCCAGCCCUGUGAACCCCCCGCGGUGGGCAUUGACUACAGCCAGGGUGCCAGUCCCCAGCCACAGCACCAGCUGAAGAAGCCCCGCGUGGUGCUGGCUCCCGAAGAGAAGGAGGCUCUGAAGCGAGCCUAUCAGCAGAAGCCAUACCCGUCACCAAAAACCAUCGAGGAGCUCGCCACCCAGCUCAACCUGAAGACCAGCACCGUCAUCAACUGGUUCCACAACUACAGGUCUCGGAUCCGCAGAGAGCUCUUCAUCGAGGAGAUCCAGGCCGGGAGCCAGGGCCAGGCGGGCGCCAGCGACUCGCCGUCGGCCCGGAGCGGCCGCGCCGCGCCCAGCUCGGAGGGCGACAGCUGCGACGGCGUGGAGGCCAACGACGCUGAGGAGCCGGGCGGCCCCGCGGCCGCCGCCAAGUCUCAGGGAGGGCCGGCCGAGGCGGCCUCGGCCCCGGCACCGCGGGAGGAGGCGCCGCGGCCGGCGGAGAGGGCGGAGCCGCCGCCGCCGGGGACCCCGGGCCCGGACGACGCCGAUGACGCAGGACGGCCCCGGCCGCCGGACGGCCCCGACGGCCCGGCGCCCGUGCCAAACCCCGCCGCCGCGCCUGCGACCGGGGAGGACGCCGCUACCUCAGCCGCCGCGCCCGCAGAGGGCCCCGGCGCGGCCCGGGACGGCGCCGAGCGGAGUUGCGCCUUGCCAAGCACCAGCGCGCCCGCGGCCGCGCGCAGGCCCAGCUCGCUGCAGAGCCUCUUCGGCCUGCCCGAGGCGGCGGGCGCCCGGGACUCGCGGGACAACCCCCUGCGCAAGAAGAAGGCCGCCAACUUGAACAGCAUAAUCCACCGCCUGGAGAAGGCCGCCAGCCGGGAGGAGCCCAUCGAAUGGGAGUUCUGAGGGCGGCCCGCCGGCCUCGCCCGGGCCUCGGCCGCGGAGCGCCUGCCCAGCCGGGCCAGUCCGCGAGGGCGGCGCGCCGCAGGACCGCGCUGCGCACUUACCGCCCUGCGGGCCACAGGGCAAAAUCGCCAUAGGCCAAGGUGCAUAUAGAAAACAAAGGAGCAUUAAGCCCAAUCUAUGUCGUGUUUUCAAGGAAGAAAACGGAAAUGUGUAGUCGAGCUUUUUUGUACCCUGAAGUGUUUUUUUUAUUGCCCUAAGUGAUUUCCACAGGUUCUGGAAUAACUCUUACAGCUUUGCCUUGCGCCCUCCUCUUUCGUGUGGGCUUAAAAAAAAAAAAUCAAACCCACAUAUUAAAAGGGGGCUUUUUAUCUGCCAUCUGAUGGCUUCAGAGCGAUAAUACACUAUUAUCUUCUUAAACCAGGAAAAGGGUGGGGGGGAUUUUUCAGAAAAAUUAAAAAAGAAAGUUUUUGUAGCUGUUCAGUUGCCACUAAGAGAUUGCACAGUCAAACCGACUCUAAACACACUAGUUUGGAUUCCUAAAUAUUUUCAAGAAAAGAAUCUUCUCGUUUGAAACUUUGACUUAAAAUAAAACACAUUUACUCCACAUAUUUUUUAACAAAAAAGAAAAGUCACAUCAGGAAAAUAUCUGAUUUUGUGGUAGCUGACCGUAGUGUUUUCUCGUACGUGAAUAGAAUCCUGACAUGUAGUGCACAUUGAUCCAUAGCUUUAACUGACCCUGGGCUUUUGCCGACCAGGGUUUGUUUAAUACACUCCAUUCUAGGCCAAAUCAGGACAAAAAGAAAAGAUCCGAAUCUAGGUAUUUUAUAAUCUGCUUUUUAACCUCUAACCGCAGAGCACGCUGAUCAGACCUCAUAUCUGGGAGGUUUAGGAGACAAGUUAGAACUGUAGCAUGUACCCAUUCAUUUUGUUAAUUUAUGGAGUCCUGUCUAUGUUCGUGCGUCCGCCCAUGUACGAGCAUUGAGAGAAAGGGAAGAGUAGGCCGACAAGGUGGCGGCAGGCAGUCCUGGGUCAGGCUGGCCUGCCGCGUGCAGCACUCCGCACUGGGCGCCUCACCUCCCACCACCGCCCUGGCCCCCAGCGGAAGGGGCGGCCUGGGCCUGGGCCGGGCUGGCACGCGCGCUCUUUCCCCUUCUUCCCACCACAAGCACUGAUGACCCCCUGCAGAAGAGAAUGUGGCAGUCUGGGCUGCGCUCCCACCCCUGUAGAGAAGCCCACACUCGCACACAACGCUGAUGCUCUUCACUUCCAGACCAGACCAUUGGCCCUUCAUCCAUUUCGCCUCUUGGAGGGUUCUUUUAUGCACAGUUUAGGGCACUCAAAGUACAAAUCAAAAGUCUAACUUGUCUCGGAUUCCUCCUGUUGUCUAUGUGUAUACGCGUGAGAAUAGAGGUGGAUGAGAGUGUGCGUGCGUGCGUGUGUGCAAUUUUAUACGUCUGUGUAUUUUCUUAAGUACCUGUGCACACAUAGAGUGCAUUACUGCCACCUUUUUCAAUAAGCUGUUUAUCAGUUAUGGCUUCUACAAGUUUGCUAAUUUAGACUCCUUUAUUGCCAUAUCUUUAAACUAACAAUAGAUGAUUUCGGUAUAUAUAUAUAUAUUUUUUUUUUGCUUAUUUAUAGGUGCUGUAUUUUAUUAUCUGAUUGUUAGGAAGGGAUGAAAGGGGCAAAUAUUCUUUAGAGGGAUAGACUGCCGGCAGUAUUGGGUAUAAUUUACAAGAUGUAGUUGUCAUACUGUAUAUUACUGAUUGAAAACUUUUUGACCGUAUUGUGUAUCAUUGAAACCUUUGUCUUAGGUCAACAUCUUUGGAUGACAUUUUAAUGGUGCAUUCAUUAUUUCUUAAGUUUAAUUAAUAUUACUUUUUUGAUUUGGGGGGGUGGGAGGGAGUUCUAAUUCUAAAGGUAUGCUCCCGCUAUUACACCUCAGUGUGCUUGUUAUUACUUAACGUGUAGGACUUUGUAAGAUGUGAAACCACAUUUCUUGCAUGAUGUUUUAGAGAUUAUGUAUUUCAUUUACAGUCUUUUAACCUGCAGCUGCAGCACUUAGUUCAAGUUUUCACAAAUUUAAGAGUCACUACACUAAAGACAAUGCCUUUUCAUGAAUAAGAAGUUCUCAGAAGGCUCUAGGAGGCUGGGAGGCAGGCCCUUUGUUUGUCUUUGGAUGGUUGCGUCAUUUCUGAACUUUAAAUCUGGUUCAGUGAGAAGAGAAGUCACAAUGGAGGAGCUUAAGGGGAAUGAUUGACAUCGGCUCAAUGCAGGUGCGCGGAGAAGAGUGCGUUCACACCAGGGACCUUGAGGACAGUGAGGAGCAGCAGAGCAGCUGAUGGUACUGUGGUGUCCCCUCCACAAGAACCUCAAGGGAACGUUGUCACAUGUGUGAUGAAUCUCUGAAUAUCCACUUUUCGUUAGAAGGAAAAGCAGGGAGUAGGUGGGAGCCGCUGGGCCAGUGCUUCCGUUCUAAAGGCGUGACUGUUAUUCACCAGGUGUUGAGGCCGAGGAAUUGCAAAGUCUAGAUCUGUCCAUCCUCGUGGCCCGAUGUGACGGCCUACAGCAGCCACUUGAGCUCUUCCGAGCAAUUCAGUCAUUUGGGUUUGUUUCCUUGGUUGCGCUGGGCUCCCGCUGACUUCCACCUCGUCUUUUCUGCCAGACUUACAUCUGGGUGCUCGAUACAAUCAGCUGGUUAGUUGGAUUUUGCUUGCAGUUCCACGUUUGUAUUUUUUCUCUAUUAUUUAUUUUUUUUAAUUGAGAUUCCAACCUCUGGUCUUUUGUGUUAAGUUAGUUCUGUCUGUGAUACUUUUAGGAGCUGCCGCUCAAUAACACAGAUACCUGUGGAGUGGGGCUCAGCCCCCCCCCCCCCGCCAGCCCCUCUGUUGAGUCUAAGGUUCAUCUUUCAUCUUGAUAAGCAAUAUUCAAGUGCCUUGAACAGCGCCCCUCCGUGCGGUGACCUUCUGGCAGCUGGCGAUCCAAACAGUGGCUCACAUAGGCAGCCGACCCUCCUCCUCUUUAUGCUCUAUCAGCUUAAAAAGCUGAUUUGUACCUCUCCCUGGGGGAAAUGGUUUCAUAGAAAACACUAACACUUAAUUACAAGCUCCAUUAUUGCCAUUUUAAAUGGCUCCUUUCUGUUAAUGGGAGGUGGCUUUCAGAGCUUCAGUUUCCUGCUGAGCAGAGGCCAGACCUAAAAGUAGUGCUGGCUUCUGGCCCCUUGACCUUGCCUCCCAUCCAAGUCCCCUUACCGUAUCCAAAGUGGCAGGCAUGUCCCAGACUGCUCCCCACCACCCCAGCCUUGUGGAUCAGUCAGGAAGUCUGGUUUCUGUCCUCCAGGCCUCUCUGAGGAAGAGAGCUGGACUUGAUUGUCCUCACCAACCUGUCUGAGGCACAUGAUGACCCAUAGCAUCUGGUGGUCGUGCCCUGGGAUGCAGGCUUGGGAGAAGCCUCCAGAAGUGCCCAGGCACCGUUUGCACUGGCAGACCACAGCACUCCUAAAGUAAUCAGGUGAAAGAGACGGCGCUCAGCCUCCCUGGGACACCUCCUGUCCCUCCAAAGCACAAAGGCCUCCUGCCCAGCAACGUUCCUGGUGGUUUCUCCUUCCUCCCUAUUUAAAAGACCCCCUGUCUGAUGUGGGCAGUCAGGUAUGGUUGGUGAUCCACACCCAGGGCUCACCAGAGCCUCUGUCCUCUCAUGGUAGCCAAGAGAGUCCCCCCCCCCCCGCCUGCCUGCCGCCGCCACCACCCCCAGACCCACGUGGGCAGCUCUCCUACCCAUCUGCCAUCUCAGCCAGGGCCAGGGCCUGUCAUGCAGCAGACCAGGCAGGAGGCAGGUUGUAUCUUAGGGGCUGGUGGGGAUCCUGGGUGAUGGCCAGCUGCCCUGAGAUCACGCAGAGGCGAUGGCCUCAGAGGGAUAGGCCAGGGCCACCAGGCGAGUUCCAUCACCGGCAGGCGCCUUCCCCAGUGCAGUUGGCCCUCCUCCUCUGUUCUUCCGUCCCAUCCUUCUCUGGGGUGACCAUGAACUCUGGACAUUCUAUGCAAUGUUUCUUGUUCCUCUCAUUUUAUAAAACCAAAUCUCACUGGAAAGUGGCAGGGGAGCCCAGGGGACAUGCAGGUUCCUUCUUAGCACAAAGUGAAGUGGAGGGGUCACUGGCGAGACCUGGAGCCUUUGCCUUAACUGCGUUGUGAUAGGCACUGGUAGGAGCAGACAUCUGCCCGCGGUCCUCCUGAGGCCCACAAGCCCGCUGUGCAGGGGCAGCAGAGUGACCUGGGGCCGGGAGGAGGCCGCGACACUCAAGGCUGGAGCUUGGCUACCACCGCCAGGCCGCCUCUGUCCCUGGCUGGAUACCCCUCAUCUUCACACUCCUCCUUUGUCCCCUUCUACCUCACUAACCUGUGCCCUCCCCUUGACAUCACUGCUCAGAAAGCGAGGUCAGCAUCGUGCCUGGCGGCCAUGCCUUUGGCCUCUACUUUUUCGAGGACGUCAGGGGUGCACUCUGCAGGGUGCGUGGGUUUCCCAGCCGCUCUCACCUGUCCUGUGCGGUGUCCUCUGCAGACAGGGUGGUUCCGGCCUCAGAGGACCUUGUCUUUGGUUUGCCUUUGCUUUCUGCUGCUGUGAAGUCUGUCACAGCCGUCCCCCUUGCCCUGGGCUGUCCAGAUGGCCACGUGAGCAGCUUCCCCAGGACUCCGCAGCUGUCUGUGUCCUGUCUCUGGCUCUGGGGCCACAACCUGGCUUCACUGCAAGCUCUUGUUGGCGAACGCAGACAUCUCCAGGGCAGGGAAGAUGCCUGGCUCUCUCCAGCUUGUGGGGCUGGUCCUUUUUUUUUUUUCCCCCCUGUCUUUUCAAAAGACUAUGCCAGUCUCUGUCCAGGGCAGAAGAAAACUGGCCCCCAGGGCAGCUGGUCAAAUGUGGGUCCACCCGCUCUGGCUACUCUGAUGGCCAAAACAUUCAGAUGGAAGUGGGAGCCAGGAGUUGUGUCCCUACCAUGUGCCUGGUGGCUUACCAGGAAAAAAGUGCUGCCACCACUUCAGUGUCACCAGGGCACUGGCAGUGAAGGGAAAGCCCUUGUGACCACCAGGGCAAGGUGACAGCCUGGCAUUCCAACACGUGCCAUCUGGCCAGCACACUUCAGGCUGAGAAAGGUCCAAUCUUACUUUCAUUCCCAUCAGUUUUACCUUUUUGAUAGAUGAAAACUGCCAGGAAAAUAAGUCCCCAGCUCAAGUUCCAGAAAGAUUCAGAACACUUUUGGGCCCUUCAGGGUCAUGGUGGAAGAAGUGAGCAGAGGACGUAGAAUGAGCCCCAGCCACAGAAGCCCUAACCAGGGAAGUAGGACAGACGGCUCCCUCUGCCCACCUCCGGGACCCACCCUGCCACCCAGCGCCCUGCCUCUGCCACCUCCCCUCCAAAGAUCUCGUGUCCACACUGUCAGUGGCAUCUCAAGUUCUCAUUUUUGGAUGAAGUGACAUUUAGCUUUAACGAGACAUUUCCAAGGCGCCUAGUCUCCUCCAAAAUGCUAACUUUAAAAGUUCGGCAUCAUAGGCAAAGAAUCCUGGGAAAGGCUAGUGGGAGACAGACCCCAGGCGCCUCGAGUGCGCCCACCGUCCCUGCUGCUCGGCCUCCAGAGCCUUGAGUUGCUCCUCACAGGUGGUUUUAGUUGAUCCGUGAUGUUAACGCUGUAGUCUGUGUUACUGUGGUUUCUGUAGUGUUUGGGCUUUAAUUUCUACCACAAGAUUUGCUGUAUGCUAUGUAUCAAGCUUUCUGUGAUCAGAAAGGAAAGGUGCCUUAAAUCCCAAUGUCACGGCUCUAUCCCUAUGGAAAAAUCCAGAAGCACAGUGUGCGGAAGUCAGCGCUGGGACUUCCGCAGGCAAACAAGACACCCUUCAGCAAGACUGCGUUGAAGUGGCCCGGGGCUGCUUUUCUUUUGUGAUUCCUGCUCCCCCCUUUUUCUUCUUUUGUUGUUUGGUAGUUUGCUUUAAACAGAAAGCACUUAAAUAGAUGACUAUGUAUAAGCUCUGUGCAAUAGAAAUCAUGUUUCUUCAUUUUUUAAAAGCGUAUUGCACACCAAAUGAACUCAAAAGUAAGCUUUAGACAGGUGGAUCCAGGUGUGGAUGAGGAUGUUCACUGUAGUUCUGUGUCUUGGGGAACCGAGGGGAAACAGGCCACCCGGCCCGCAGUCUCCCCACACAGUGCCGCCCGGGCGGGGCAGGUGGGGCGCCUGGGAGUCCACAGCUGAGAACCUUCCCGAGUGUCUGAGCCCACAGCCAUGCCCCAGCACUUACCCCUGUCUUGUUGAGAUGGCCUGACUGCUACUGACCUGCCAGCGUGCACGAGGAUAGCUAUAAAAGGAUAUUUCCUUGAGGAAAAAAAAAUUAUUUCUACCUAUCCUCUUCUAUUUAUUAUUAGGUUAAUCAUUGGAGUAAUUAUCAGGAGUGUGUUGUUGUUUUGUGUUGUUGUUGUCAUUACGAAUGCUUUUUGCUGUCACUCCAGUGGUUACUGUCCUCUGCUGCCCCCUCGCCCCCAGAGAACCCAAGAGCCUGGGGGUGCUGGGGGAGCCGAGGGGGUUUCCCAGCAGAAUCACAGCCACCUCCUGAGUAGCCACUCGGAAACUGGGCUUGACUGUGUAAACGAGAGUCGGACAACAGCCGCAGUGCAGGGAGUGCGAGCCAGGGCGCUCGGGGAGGAGCUGCUGGGGGAGCUUAGGAGAGCCAAGUUCAGUUCCCCAAAGCCUCCUAGAGCCUCUGUUAAGACUUCUGGCUUCAUGAAGGUUUGGCGAGUCUUGGCCAGAGAGGGCACAGGGGCCUGGCCUGGACCAUCACCUCCAGCAAGAGAGUGGUUUCUUGCGGGGCCGUCCGGGUCGCUGUGUUUUGGUUGGUUUUCUGUUGCCGUCGCUGCCCUUGCUCACAAGGUUGAUCCAGACCAUCUCGCCAAGCAGAGGGGUUCUUUAGCACCAGCAGCGGCUGGAGGGCCCACCCAGGAGGGCCUGGUGGGGUCUCUCUCCCCGCCAGUGUGGUAACGAGCAGGAAGGGCCUGGUGAGGGCCAGUGCUCGGUGGUAGAAGCACAGCCAACAAGACCCCAGCCGCUUGCCCGCCGGGGACGAGUGCCCAGCCCCGGCCCACUGGCAGAGCGUUUCCUUCUGUGCCAUGACUUUGCCCCUUCUCUGAGAUUGUUGGGGGUCCUGAUUUUGUUCUUCUGUCUUUAAAUACAGGCCCCCCAGUGAAAUGAUCAUCCCACCCCCCAGAGGGUUUCCAUUUUUCUCUAAUUAGUCUAUGCAUUUCUGCCUCACCCCCUCCCCCUCCCUCCCUCUCUCUUCCUCUCCCUCCUUCUCCCUCCCCUCCCCCAUUCUCUGUGUUCCCCCCACCCUGAAGCCCCUCAGAAAAUGCUGUGCAUUUUGGAGACGUGAGAAUUCGUUCAAAAUUCUUAAAGUGUUUGAGAAUAGCUCAUUGUAAACUAAAAGUGGGGAGGGGAAUAAAAAGAAGAAGACGGUCCUCCCGCGUCCCUUCCCGUGGAUGAGACCUCGCUCUUUGCUUUGUGCAAUAACUACUUGCGGUGAGAGCGGGUAGCGCCGGCCACACUCCUGUCCUGACACUGGCACACGCUCACAGUGGCGGCCCAGCCCUCCCCCCGUGUCGUCCUACAUUUUGGCAGUAUUUUAUAUUUUCUGUAACGCACUAAGUCUUAGGUGUCUAGAGCUCGUCUGUUAAUGCUCACAUCACAGAUUUAUUUUCCUUAAUCCUCACAAAGACCCAAUUGACCAAAAAGAAGAGAAAAACAAAAAAAAAAAAAAAACCAACAAAAAAAAGGCGUCAUUUUUGUACAAAUAGCUUUGAGAAGCCCCUUGUGUUGCUGUGACUCAUCUCUGACGACAUGUUUCUUGCUAUUUGUUUUCCACAUCGAAAGUCAAGUUGACGAGGCUGGCGUGGGGGGGAGGCGCCCGUCGGCCCGGUGUCCCCGGUGUCCCUGGUGUCGCUGUCUGGUUAGCCAUACGAUGUUCGUCCUCAGCACUGUACACGGUCCCUCUAUGAUAUGGAGAAGCAAUAUCACUGAACUCACACCAUGUAUUAUUACUAUUCACUAGCACCCUAGGUGUGAUAAUUGAAGUAAAUAUCUUUUAUACAAACA